AUGACGAUGCAAAACUCGUCCACAGGAGAAGCAUCCUCCAGCGCCCCUCGAGGAACAGGCCAAAGGUCCCACGAGCUCCUUACAUGUACCAUAAAGACCCCUCCCUACUCAUACGUCCGGCUCGAGCUUGUUGUCGACUCUCCGCAACUACACGAGGCAGCGGAGGGCUUGGAUAACAUUCAAGUGCGCUCAUACUGCACCGCCGCUCUACGCCAGUUCCUCGGCGCCACGGGCUCCGCCAUCCCCGUCGACAUCCUCAAGGUUGACGGCAACCAGUGUUGGCUGCGCGUGCCCCGUCCGGACCUUAGCCCCUUCGCCGCCGCCAUCACGGCGUGGGCCGGCGUCACGGAGCAGGGGGGCCGGCGCGUGCUCCAGGUGAAGCAGUGCUCGGACUACCUGGGCGCCAUGGCCGGCGCCGAAGGCCAGGACAAGCUCUGGUCUCCGUGA